GCAUCUGAUCGUUUGGGCAUCCACAACUCCCAAGGUCACCGCGACCGUGUGGUGGUGGUAUUCUCAGCCAUAGUUGCGCGCGGGGCUAGCGAGUUCCAUUUAGUUACUUGAAGGGUGUACACCACUGUCAGUUGUUUGUAGUCAUCCCGCACCCUUUUGGACUCUCGCUCUGGCUACUUCAACAGUGACCUGUCAACUUCGGUGGUGUGUUCUACAUGUGCUUCGAGUAAACAAUUGUGAGACGUCAGGCACACAGCUUGUUUGCUAAAUUACAAGGACGAUCUAUUGCUGUAUUCCAGAAAGUAGACAAAAUUCCACCUGUAACACCAAUGUCAAGUCUAUCCUACCGAUAUCCACCGCAAGCACACUUCCCGCCGCAAGCACCAUUCCACCAGCCCGAACCGGCUGCAGCGGCUCCCGCAAUGUCUUCCCAACGUUUCUGUUUACGAUGGAACAAUCAUCAGUCGAACCUGCUCUCAGUAUUCGACCAGCUCUUUCAAGAUGAAAGCUUCGUUGACGUAACCAUAGCUGUAGAAGGACGACUUCUCAAAGCUCACAAGAUGGUUUUAUCAGCGUGCAGUCCCUACUUCCAAGCGCUGUUCAUGAACCAUCCAGAUAGGCACCCGAUAGUGAUUCUCAAAGACGUACCCUUCAACGACAUGCGGUGUUUGCUGGACUUUAUGUACCGAGGAGAGGUUAGCGUGGAUCAGGAUAGACUGUCAGCUUUUCUACGGGUGGCCGAAAGUCUCAGAAUAAAAGGGUUAACUGAAGUUAAUGAAGAAAGAUGUGAUAGUAUAGCUUCCACACUCACUCAACAAAACAUGGGGAACUUGCAGCGCCUCCAGCAGAACAAGAGGUUCGGAAACAAUUUGAAUAUGCUCAGCAAUGCGUUGUUGCAGCCUAAGAGGAAACGCGGUAGGCCACGGAAGUUGUCUGGAUGCUCGAACGGACCUGAUGAUUACGAUAAGGAAAUUGUGCAGGGCAGUCCUGAGAUGUUGGAGGUCAAGAUGGGAAUGGACAAUUUCAGUGAAAAUCAGUCUGAUGGUAGCACUGGAAAACCUGAUAUUGACGACGAUAAGAUUAAAGAUGAAGAAGAACCUGUUGCUGGGACUUCGAACGAGCAGCAAAUGUACAAUCACUCGAAAAGCUCUGAUGAAUUUCAGUCUUCCGAAGAGUACUACGAUUAUCAAGAAAAUAACCAAAACCACACCAAUCUUCCUUCCUCGCUAACUGUAGAACUCAUCACUCCAAUCAAACAGGAAUCUGUAAUUAUCUCAACCGAAGCAGCACGUAACAUGGUUCACGAAAGCAUCGAAGUAGACGAGAAAUAUGAACCUUCCUCAGAACCUGAACACAGUGCCGGAGUGCAUUUCCUCACGGAUGAAGAAAAUAUCUCAUCAAAAAUGGACAGUGAGAGUUACGAACGAAAGAAGAACGAGCUGCUUGAAUACCUGAUACGACAAGAUGGAAGUGUUGUUUGUAAACUGUGCGGUGAAGUUCUAGCGUCUAGGACACACUGGUAUCGGCACAAGUACAAGUUACACGGAAAUAAUAAUCUAGUCAAUCCUGCCCCGCUGUUCAAGUGCCACCACUGUAACGUAUUUUUCAAAAGCCGAAAAGGCUACAUGGGACAUAUCGCCACCAGGCAUUCAGAACCUCAAGAACAAGAAGAAAUCAAAGUGGUCGUGAAGGAGGAAAUCGUAGAAACUUGCUCCAAUCCAAUUUCGGUACCUACAAGGAAGAAAGGAGAAAAGACCGUAGACUGGGAGGAACAGAGAGUGAAAGAAGAGAAGCUUGUGGCAGAUAUCAUCAACAGGGUCAGGAAAGAGUGCGAGGCGCAAGGAGCUGCUGUUACAAGAAGAGGGUACAGUAGGAGAUCAACUUCUAUCAUGAAUACUGCUUGAAGUUUCAUCAGUAAUAAUUUAUGUGCCAAAGUGGAGUAUUAUUGUACAGUAUUUUUUCAUCGAGUAGUUCAAAUUUUAUAUAAGCAUUCUUUUCGGUUUAGUGUGAAGAAUCAUAAAUCUUUAAAUGAUUAUUUCUAUCCAGACAGUUUGAAAUACCCGGGAAUCCAAUAACAAGAGGUGUUGGUUCAAGACCCAGAAGUAUAUCAUAUAUUUUCUGCAAUAAUUUAUUGACAAAAAAUAGAUCUCAACAUAUGCAAAAUAUUUACUCAUAUCCUCAGCUGUCUGGAUACAUUUGGUGUUACAUUUUUCAAUAUCAACUUAAAAUAUCAGUCAACUAACUUUUCAAACAUUCUGCAAAUGCGUAUAUAUUCCCGUAAAUUUCAUCCAUAUUGGAAUAUGAUAUUGAAUGUAAAUAAACCUAGAUAGAGAGCUCAAUUUUCUCAUAUAUAUGAUAGUGAUAACUCCUGAUAUUUUUAAUGUUUUAUAUGUUAUGAUAUUAUUGUCCUUGUAUACUUUAGUGACAUUAGCUCAUAUUUUUCAGCUAGCAUUUAUUGAUGUGCCAAAUAUUCUUGCUCAAUAUGUUAAAUCCUGGUGAUAGUAGAUAUUUUGUUGUUUGUUCACUUUUUUUUGGAGCUAGAUACUUACUCAUAUGAUGUGCCAAAUUUGUUGUUUGUGUCAGUAUUGCUCACCUACUUAUUGUAUACCAGUAUUCAUCAGAAUUUACCAUUUGGAAAACGUUUGUUUGUCCCUCAUGGAACAAUAUAAAAUUAUUAAAAAAAAUCAAUACAUUUUUCAACACAUGAAUUCAUGGAAUGAAAUAUAAUUGAUACUUCUAUGUUACAUACUCCCAAAAGUAAAAUCUGAUAGAUUAUAUAAAUUAUUUUUUCUCCCAUAUCAGAAUUUUCUUAUACUGCAAAAGAAUAGCAUGACUCAUCACUCCCAGACAUAUUGGAUUAUCCAUUGUAAACUUAAAUCAAUAAUUUUUCUGAAAGGGGAUAAUUAUCUUUAGUUUUGGUUAAUCCUCUAUUGACUUUCAUAACAUUGAAUAGUUUUUGGGCUAGUCUUUAUAAAUUGUAGAUUGUAAAGUAUUGAAAAGAUUUUGCAAAUUCAUCCAACCUUGACCUAACCUAGGUUACCUACCUUUUAACGUGCUGCGAAUCCCAUAUUAGAAGAAUCGUUAACUUGACCUAACCUUGUCAAAAAAACAGGUUGAUCACCUUUCCGAGUUACUUUUCUGUAGGUUGAUUCCUGAAUAUUUUCUAGUGUUACUCCUCCAAAAACCUUCUGCAGUGAACUGAAGUUGUAAGCGUCCUAUAUUUUCAUAUCUACAAAUGGUAUAUGUAGUCCAAAUAACGGCUCCUAGUAAGUCUACAAAAUUAACACAGUAAGCCAUUAGGAGCUCUUCAGAUUACACGAAUAAAACAAGGAAUAAGCUACCUUCUCACUUCUGUCUUGUCAAUUUAUUAGUAAUCUAGUUUAUAUAGACGGUCCCAACAGUCAGAACACAAUAUUUAUAUAUUGUGAUGGGAAAACACUUUCGUUUUGGGUCUAUCAAUUGACUAAAUCUAUUUAUUCACUAAUAUAACUACUGAUUACUUCUGAUCAAUUGUCACUGCUGAUCAUACAAUUCCUUUGGAAAUAUUGGGGUGUGCUUCCAUACUCUAAUUUGUUAGUAAAUGGUACACGUCAUACUUUUCCUUUGGGUUCUUGGAGUUUGUCUUUAGACAUCAACUAAAAUCGUUAGGUUUAGGCAUCAAAAUUGAUUUUGUAUUUGCUUGUCAAAUAUCUGAUUUUCUGUCCAAAAUUUGAAAUUCAGAUAUAAAUCAAAGAUUUGUGACAAAUUUGGCUGAUACAAUCCAUGAUAUGGAUGUGAAUUCUAGUAUUAAUGUCACAAUAGCACUUCUAAAUUGAUGUCAUUAGACUACUGAAGAUGUAAAAAAUUGUUUAGUAGGAACUCUACAAUUUUAGGAAUAUAUUGUGGGAAUUUGGGAAAACUACAUUGGUCCAGUCGGUUUCUGCAAAGUUUUUUAGAGCCCCCUGCAGUUAAAUGCUUCAGUGAUAUUUUUCAAUACCACAUCUCUUCAACAGUCUGUUAGAGAGGUGAUGUAACAAAUUAAUCCACAUUUUUAUACUUCCCUGUUUUACUUUUUUGAUUCUUUCAAGUUCCAUUCUUUCGUUCUAAGUAAUAGCUUUUCUGGAUUAUUUCCAUUCUCUUAAACUCAGCUUAACUGAAAAAAUAAGUUUGAUUAGUUCAAUCGAGUUUCUUAUUUGUUGAGUAUCUGACAUAUGCAAUUUUUGACAAUUGUCAAUACAUUUCAAAAUUUUCAAGGAUCUUUUUCAGAUGUAACAUUCUGUAUAUUUUCAAUCCAACACACACAGCCUCUCAGUUAUAUCUGUACCACUGGUACAAUAGUGAAAUCAGUUUGAGUACUUCUGAACUUUCUUCUUAGUAUCCUUGUUUUGAAAUUUUUGAAAGAAAUAAUGAAUUAUUUCUUAUGAAUUCAAAGGGUCAGGUAUGAACAAUUCUUU